AUGCGGUCGCUAUAUGUUACGCUGAUUUUGACUUGUUUGCUAUGUUCUGUGCUCGUUGAGGCUGUUCCUGCUCUUGGAACAACACCAACACUGCCAGCAAUUACACGAUCUAAAUCAAGUCGUUUGUCCCAAACAACGCAGUUGACCAGCACUACUACGAUUUCAAGGCCUACACCAUCACACGUACCUACAGCACCAUUUUCUAAUAUAGUCAAAUUUGCUGUUGGUGUUUUCUCGUGGGCUAAACAAUCUGGUGCAAAGACUACGAAACCAUCUCCUACUCCAUAUAUUCCGAAUCCUAAAGGUGUAGUAUUUUUAGUUCCUCCCGUAUUAGAGGAUACUCCAUCGCCAGAUCCCUUGGGACAAGCAACACCAGUACAACCAGGAUUACCAUCACCAGAUCCGUCGCCCAUUGUCCAAUCACCUGUAUUACCAUCUGCCAAUCCGAUAGGAGCAAGUCCCGCAGGCUUCGGUCUGGUCAAAGCAGUGGUUCUUGCUGCUAACGAUUUAGAGAGCACAACCACUCUGGAUGCAACCACGACCAUUUCUAUAAUAUCUCCUACUGCAUCGGGCGAUCCAUGUGGGGAUGCAGGAUGUAAUACUGAUGCACCUAGCCCAGCAGUGGCUACCAAUCCUGUCGCUUCUCCCAUCUUGACUUCACCACCUGUAUUUAUGACUUCGCCACCUAUAAUACCAUCACCAGUAGUCGAAUCUCCCGCAAUCCCUUCACCAGCUAUAAUAUUACAGUCACCCACACCAAGUUGUGAAGACACGAACUCUUGUGGUCCCAUUGUACCUUCACCCAUUCCAGCCUCGCCAGAUACUACGACAACGACAACAGCUCCAAUACUUGGUGCAGGAGGUGCUCCUGCUUCCACAACAACAUUAUGUUGUGGAAAUGAAAUCGCUUCGCCAAUACCUUCGCCGAUAGUAGCGUCGCCGAUAGUACCAUCGCCCGUAAUACCUUCGCCAAUUAUAGCUUUCCCCCUCGCAACGUCGCCAUAUGCUAUGGCAUCGACAACAGCUCCAGACAUAUUAGGUGCGAGAGGUGCCAAUGCUUCCACAACAACGGCAAGUUGUGGAAAUGAAAUCCCUUCGCCCAUACCUUCCCCAUUAGUAGCCUCGCCAAUAGUACCUUCGCCAAUUAUAGCUUCACUAAUUAUAGCUUCACCCCUAGCAACAUCGCCAUAUAGCCUGACAACGACAACAGCUCGAGCCAUAUUAGGUGCAGGCGGUGCCCCUGCUUCCACAACAUUUCCUUGUUGUGGAAAUGAGGUUGCUUCUACCACAACAGAACCUCAAACAACCACAACAACAACACCUUGUUGUGGUAAAGAAAUGGAUAUGGUAACCACCACGAGAAGAACGACGACAGCUACAAACAAACCUCCUCGAACGACAACCACACCAUGUUGUGGUAACGAAGGCAAUACACCAACCAUUAGAAAAGCAACAGCAACAGCGCCACCAAUACUUGGUGCUGGUGGUAGGCCGAACUCUACCACAACAACAACUUGUUGUGAUAACGAUAUUAAACCAACUACCACUCGUACUCAUAAGACGACGACAACGGCAUGUUGUGGUAAUGACAUCAAUGCCACAAGCACAAAUACUAUUAAACGUCCAUCAAUAAACCCAACCCAUCCAAUGAUGAAAGGCAUGGUGUCGCCAUCUCCAUCAAAGAUGAAAGCCAUGGUGUCGCCAGCCCCAUCUAACAAAGUAACUGGAACAGCAACUGCACCAACGGGUAGAAUACCUGCAACUUUAGGACUUCAAAAAUCACCAACUCCAAGACCUACUACAAGCUCUCGACAAGCUGUUGCUGAUCUUGGAGCUCUGUCGUUUAAAACAGAUAUCAACGGAACUAAUAAGAUCACGUGGCAAUGUAUUGAUCAUCCUACUAAUAAGGCUCAGAAGGUUCUUUCAGGAACUAUAUAUGCUGAUCUCAUUCCAGAUGGGACGCAACAACAAACCUACAUCACAAAAGCCAAAAUUCUCUGCAGCCAGACGCAAGAUCCAUAUCCAGUGACGAAUCUGUAUGAUGUCAGAGGCCAAACCUGUGUGAUGACAUUGGUUGAAACAGACAGUGUUGUCUUUUUGAAAGGCAGCAACAUCACAUUCCAUGGUUUGAAUCAAACCACGUAUGGAGCUGCGUAUACGGGUUUGGAUGGGUACACUCACAAUCAAGGUGGUGGAACAAUCUUCAACACAGCCUAUGUGGCCAAAGCCAACAAACAAGACGAUCCAUCAGCCAAUCUUGGCGCUGAUACAUCGCUAGUCUUGGCCAAUUUUAACAAUAUGGGCACCUUCAGCAACCUGUUUGGAACUCCGUGUGGAAGUCCUGACUUUGGACAGAUUUCGUCACAUGUAGACUACUUUUAUAUGCAGGCAUACAUGUGUCUACCAGCAUAUCCAGACACGUAUGGAUGCUUCAGCUUUGUGAAUAAUACAGCGCUGGCUCCUAGUGGUGUUACUGUUCCAACACCACCGCCAUUCAUGCCACCAAAGGCAGGUGGACAUCGUCGUUUUUAG